AUGCCCUCUUCUCCUGAAAGAUACGGGAGACCAGUGUUAUCUCCUAAACAUAACUCUAAUAGAAAUACGCCUUCACCAAAGAGACCAAAGCCAUCCACUAGUAAUAACCAUAAUCCAUUUGUUGAUGUCAAAUUAGAAUAUUCCAAUGUGUCUGUAAGAAACUCUCCCAGUCCCACAAGAAAGCAUCCCAUCUCCUUUGAAAUCUUUGAAGACAAAAGACCCUAUAAAAGAGUCUCCACCACCUCUACAACAUCACUUUCCAAUAAAUCUAAUCACAAUGACCAAGAGAAUAUUUUACAGCCUAAAAUGCGUUUAAUAGCUGACAGCGUUACUGCUACCACCAAUACCCCCCCCACCACCACCCCAAUGACUCGAUCACCUUUAAGUGACUUGAACAUUGCCAAAUUCCCUGGGUAUAUCCAUUAUCCUCAAUCAAGGAGACAAAUCCAAUUGACAGACUUGUACGUCUCUCAAACGCAUAAUAACGACUUCAACAGUUUACAUAAGAAGCUGGACUUCCCCUGCUACUUGACUCCUCCUCGGGACCAGAGAUCAAAGUAUUUGGUCAGAUCAAAUAAUGAUGAUGUGAUGAUGAUAAAAAGAGCUGCACACAGAAGAUCAUCUUCAGUGGGCAAGAAUGAAUCAAAGAAAACAUUAUUAAAGAAGAAUGCAUUCAAGAUAAUAGAAUGUUGA